AUGAGCUACUACGCAGCCCAGAACCCUUACAGGAACUCUACUGGAGGCCUGAACCUCGGCCGUUCUCCUCCACGAACCCAGAUUAUCAUUCCCGUUAGACCUCCAUCCCCAGCAGACUCUGCAUGCUCAUCAUGUGAUUCUUCUCUUCCUCUUAACACCCCAUGGUCUGGCUCGGGGACCCAAUUGGACCAGACUGAGCGUAUCUGCACCCGCACUAGGCGUCUUUCCACCCACUCCGAGGGCCGCCACUCCGAUGGCCACCAUAUGGAUGGCCACCACCACCUGGAUAGCCACCAUGAUAGAGGCCGCCCAGCCCCUCUGAUCAUUCGCCAGGGCGGCGGUCCAGGUCCUCUCUCGGCUCCUUUGGCUCAACAUCGAGGAUACCACUCUGAACAUUCCAGACAAGCCUUGGUUGUUCCAGCAUCCUCUAUUGAUCGUCACCGUUCGGCCUCUAGGUCCCGUAGCGGCUACACUAAAUACCACCAUGCCAUCGAGCACCUUAACGACGAGUCCUUUGAGGUCGGUUCCGUUGGCUCCGAAGUUGGACGUAGGGGACGUACUAGAUUCCCACGCAAGCUAGUCAGCAAGGAGGCAGUUGAGGAAAUGGGCCUUCCAUGGUCCGAGGAGUCCGAUGGAGCUCUCGUCGUCCUGAGAGCACUUGACAGAACUGAAAUUGAACGAUUGGUGGAUCUAACCGAGGAGAUCCGACGUCGUCGUAGUGGAUCCGGAAAGUCAGUAUCAUUCAUCGAUAAGGCAAUAAUUCAUGACGCUAUCCCAUACGCUCCUACUCCCCCUCCGGUCAUUACUGAGCAGCGAGUCGUCCACCACUACGCUGGAGAACGCCCAUCCACCCCAUUAACAUCUGAAAACAUUGCACAUCUCAACAACCAAGGUCACAAUUCCUCAUUUUCUCAGGUCACUACCACAACUACUACCACCACAACUGAAGAACCUAUUUUGAUCCCAAUCAUUGGUAAAUCUCAUGGAGCGACGAAGAUCAAGACAACAUAUACAACACCUUCUUUUCCAUUGCCACAAGAUAGCUUAAGCAGAGCGGAAGAAAAGAUGAUUCGAGCUGAGGAGAAAGCACACAAACUGGCUAUUGUCGCGAAAGCUACCGGAAACGCGAAAGAUGAACAUGAUGCUUAUAAGGCGAGGGUAAAGGCAGAUGAGAAGAGGAGGAAGUUUGAGGAUAAGGAGUGGAAGGAGAGAGUAAAGAGAGAUGAGAAGGAGAUCAGGCACAGGGACGAGCGGGAGACUGUCAGAACUAAGGUCCGAAGAGGCGAAACUGUGGUCAUUCGAUGA